AUGUCUCUUUCUCUCACCAAUUCAAAGUUAUCUCUCUCUCUCUCCCCAAUUCAAUUCUCUCUCUCACAGACACGCACACACACCGAAACACACACAACCCCACACACACACCUCGCCGGCCACCACAACCAGUUCCGCCGCAGCCGCCGACUUCCUCCGCCGCUGUCGCCCACCGUCCAGUCGUCGCCGUUUUUCUUCAACCUCGCCGGAGUUUUCGAUUCCGUCUCUCAAUUUCGUCACGAAUCUCAAGGGGGACCGUCGCCGAUUUUCAGAGGUCGAUACAACACCUCUUCCACCACCCCCGCGCCGCCGAUUUCGCCCCUCUAUGUUGUGGUUCGCCUCAGUUUUGCUGGCGGCGGCGGCACAUCCACAGGGUGCAGCGCCGCCUGCACGGAAGGGCUCGUCGGAAUGAGAGAUCGCGGACAGCUUGCCGGAGUUGCUGGGUCGUCGUGCAGGGAGGAGACCUAUCGGAGGUUGCUGGCGCCGGAAGUUGCUGCGGCGAAGAGAAGCAAUGGCGGCCGCGGGCUGAGCGGGGCUCGCGGAGGAGCAGCGGAUGUAGAUCCUCUGAGGUCAGAGAAUUGUGAGGGUAAAGGGGAGGAGGUUAGGUGGAUGGGUGAUAAGGAUGUCUCAGAUGAAGAUCGGAAUGAUUCUCAACUCAUGGACACUAUUGUCCAAUCAGCCACUAUAGGUGGGAGGAAGGCCAAUUUGGGGGGUGGAUGCGGGCAUCAGAGGGAUUGCUGGGACAAGGCUAGCAUAAUAGAAGUUCCUCCUAUGGACAAACUAGAGAACCUGGCCCUUUCAAUACUAACAGCAAGGCCCAAGGGAAAGAAGAUACAAGGAUUAAUGGGACAGAAGGUGAACUCUGGUUCUUCUCAAAUGGGAGAGGGUGCUUCUUCAGCCUUGGGUAAGGGCGAUUUGGUGUUGUAUGAUGUUGCACAACAGAGCAGAACCUUAUGGGUGAUUGCUGAAGAAACAACUCAGAUAGGAGGUAUGGAGGCUGAUCAGAUAGGGACAGUAGCUAUUGUACCUAUGGGGGAAGAGAACCUUCAUAUAAAAAAUGAAGGGAAGACUGGUAACUCCAAGAGGACCUGGAAGAGGAUUCAUCCUAAAGAAGGAAGGCUCAUUAGAGACUGUGGGGUAGUUAUCAAAAAGAGAAUCAGGGCUAUGAAGAAGAUGGGAUUUUGA